AGCCUAGCAACUGUUUGGAAGUCAGAUCCCCACAUCCUGCUUUACUGGGUCAAGUCCCUCUUAGACCGGUUCUUGCCCAUCAUUGGCUGGAGUGGAGCAGCGGAUGCCCCUGUGUUGGGUCUCCCCUGGCAAUCUUACUUCAUCGGUGCUGGGACCUCUCGGACCUCUUCAGAUGAAGAUGGCCUUGCCUGAGAAUCCUGCUAGUCUCACCAUCAUUUAAUUAUGGGACAAGGCUGUGCCAGCAGGUCUGGGGGCAGGAGAACGGGGCUAACUGAGUCCCCCCAGAAACACUGGAGGACUUCCCAGCCUUUGAAGAACUCUAGCAGUUUCUGAAUCUAGCCCAUUCCGGCGGUAAGCAUGAUGCAACUUCUUCAACUUUUGCUGGGGCUCUUGGGGCCAGGUGGCUACUUGUUCCUUUCAGGGGGUUGUCAGGAAGUGGCUACUCUCACUGUGAAAUACCAAGUGUCAGAGGAAGUGCCGUCUGGCACAGUCAUAGGGAAGCUGUCCCAGGCACUGGGUUGGGAGGAGAGGCGUGGGCAAGCGGGGGCUGCCUUCCAGGUCUUGCAGCUGUCUCAGGCGCUGCCCAUCCAGGUGGACUCUGAGGACGGCUUGCUCAUCACAGGGAGGCGUCUGGACCGAGAGCAGCUCUGCAGGCAGCAGGAUCCCUGCCUGGUUUCCUUUGAUGUGCUUGCCACAGGGGAUUUGGCUCUGAUCCACGUGGAGAUUCAGGUGCUGGACAUCAACGAUCACGAGCCACAGUUUCCCAAAGGUGAGCAGGAGCUGGAAAUCUCUGAGAGUGCCUCUCUGCGCACCCGGAUUCCCCUGGACAGAGCUCUGGACCCGGACACUGGCCCCAACAGCCUGCACUCCUACUCCCUGUCUCCCAGUGAGCACUUUGCCCUGGAUGUCAUCGUGGGGCCCGAUGAGACCAAACAUGCAGAACUCGUGGUGGUGAAAGAGCUGGACCGGGAAAUCCACUCAUUUUUUGAUCUGGUGUUAACUGCCUAUGACAGUGGGAACCCCCGCAAGUCAGGCACCAGCUUGGUCAAAGUCAACGUCCUGGACUCCAAUGACAACAGCCCUGUGUUUGCUGAGAGCUCACUGGCACUAGAAAUCCAAGAAGAUGCUGUCCCUGGUACUCUCCUCAUAAACUUGACCGCCACAGACCCUGACCAAGGCCCCAACGGACAGGUGGAGUUCUUUCUCAGUAAGCACGUGCCUCCGGAGGUGCUGGACACCUUCAGUAUUGAUGCCAAAACGGGCCAGGUGAUUCUGCUUCAACCCCUAGACUACGAGAAGAAUCCUGCCUAUGAGGUGGAUGUCCAGGCAAGGGACCUGGGUCCUAACCCCAUCCCAGCCCACUGCAAAGUCCUCAUCAAGGUUCUGGAUGUCAAUGACAACGCCCCAAGCAUCCACAUCACAUGGGCCUCCCAGCCGUCACUGGUGUCAGAAGCUCUUCCUAAGGACAGUUUCAUCGCUCUAGUCACAGCAAAGGACUUGGACUCAGGAGACAAUGGUCUAGUCCACUGUUGGCUGAGCCAAGAGCUGGGCCACUUCAGGCUGAAAAGGACCACUGGCAACACGUACAUGCUGCUAACCAACGCCACGCUGGACAGAGAGCAGUGGCCCCAAUAUACCCUCACUGUGUUGGCCCAGGACCAAGGAACCCAGCCCUUAGCAGCAGAGAAACAGCUCAGCAUCCAGAUCAGCGAUGUCAACGACAAUGCACCUGUGUUCGAGAAGAACAGGUAUGAAGUCUCCACUAGGGAGAACAACCUACCCUCACUUCACCUCAUUACCAUCAAGGCUCAUGAUGCAGACUUGGGCAUUAACGGACAAAUCUCAUACAGCAUCCAGGACUCCCCAGUUUCUCACUUGGUAGCCGUUGAUUCAAACACAGGGGAGGUCACUGCUCAGAGGUCACUGGACUACGAGCAGAUGGCCGGCUUUGAGUUCCAUGUGAUUGCAGAGGACAGGGGACAGCCCCGGCUCUCAUCUGGCGUCUCUGUGUGGGUCAACCUCCUGGAUGCCAACGAUAAUGCCCCAGAGGUGAUUCAUCCCCUACUCAGUGAUGGAAAAGCCAGCCUCUCAGUGCUCGUCAAUGUCUCCACAGGCCACCUUCUGGUGCCCAUUGAAACUCCCAGUGGCUUGGGUCCAGUGGAUACUGACAAAGCACUGCUGGCCACACAUGGCCCCCAGCCAUUCCUUUUGACGACCAUUGUAGCAAGAGAUGCAGAUUCAGGGGCAAAUGGAGAGGUCUUCUACAGGAUUCGGAGUGGGAAUGAAGCCCGCCUCUUUGUCCUCAGCCCCGACCUGGGGCAGCUGUUCAUCAAUGUAACCAAUGCCAGCAGUCUCAUUAGGAGUAAGUGGGAGCUGGAAAUAGUGGUGGAAGACCGUGGCAGCCCCUCCUUGCAGACCCAAGCCCUGCUGAGGGUCUUGUUUGUCACCAGCAUGGACCACUUGAGGGACCCAGCCCCUGAUUCUGGGGCUCUAAGCACAUCGGUGCUGACGGUAAUCUGCCUGGUUGUCCUGCUCGCCGUCUUUGGGCUGAUCUUGGCUUUGAUCAUGUCUGUCUGCCGGACGGAGAAGAAGGACAGCAGGGCCUAUAACUGUCGGGAGGCUGAAUCCACCUACCGCCACCAGCCCAAGAGGCCCCAGAAACACAUUCAGAAAGCGGACAUCCACCUUGUUCCCGUGCUCAGAAGCCCAGCGGAUGAGCCUGGUGAAGUUGACCAGCUCCCCAAGGAUGUUAGCAAAGAAGCAAUGAUGGAAGCAGGCUGGGACCCCUGCCUGCAGGCCCCCUUUCAUCUCACGCCAACCCUCUAUAGGACCCUGCGUAACCAAGGCAACCAGGGAACACUGGCUGAGAACAGAGAGGUGCUGCAGGACACAGUCAACCUCCUUUUCAACCAUUCCAGGCAGAGGAACGCUUCCCGGGAGAACCUGAACCUUCCUGAGCCCCAGCCUGCACUGGGCCAGCCCCGCGCAAGGCCUCUGAAGGCGGCAGGCAGCCCAACAGGGAGGCUGCCUGGAGACCAAGGCAGCGAGGAGGCCCCACUGAGCUCACCAGCCUCCUCCGCAACCCUGAGGCGGCAGCGAAAUCUCCACGGCAAAGUGGCCCCCGCAAAGGAGUCAGACCCCCAGCAGAUCCUGCGGAGCCUGGUCCGACUGUCUGUGGCUGCCUUUGCGGAGCGGAACCCUGUAGAGGAGCUCACUGUGGAUUCUCCUCCUGUUCAGCAAAUCUCCCAGCUGCUGUCCCUGCUGCAUCGGGGCCAGUUCCAGCCCAGACCUAACCACCGGGGAAAUAAGUACUUGGCCAAGCCCUGCAGCGGCAGGAGUGCAAUCCCAGACGCAGAGAGCCCAGGGGCCAGGGCUGGGGGACAGGCAGAACCAGACCAGGAAGAAGGACCCUUGGACCUUGAAGAGGACCUGUCUGUGAAGCAGCUGCUAGAAGAAGAGCUGUCCAGUCUACUGGACCCCCAGAAAGGCCUGGCCCUGGAGCGGCUGAGUGUCCCAGAUCCUGCCUGGAUGGCCAGGCUCUCUCUGCCCCUUGCCACCAACUACCGUGACAACGUGUUCUCCCCGAACACUGCAGCCUUGGAGGAGCCGAGGACCUUCCAGACGUUCGGCAAGGGGUUGGGGCCAGAGCUGAGUCCAACGGGCACGCAGCUGGCCAGCACCUUCCUUUCGGAAAUGAACUCGCUGUUGGAUAUGCUGCUGGUGCAGCGUGCCAGUGUGCCCGUGGAGGCCGCCUCUGAGGUGUUACGGCGGCUCUCUGUCUGCGGGAGGACCCUCAGUCUAGACCUGGCCACCAGUGGGGCCUCAGGCAUGGAUGUCCAGGGAAACCCGGGUGGAAAGACAGGGGCCGAGGGCAGGACCAGCAGCAGCAGGGGCCCGUGGAUGCAGGGACAAGGGGCCCCGGGAGAUAUUACACACUCCAGGCCCUGAGGAUCCUUGGACAUGUUCCGGUUUCUAAAACUGUUGAGCUCACUAAGCAGAGGAGGCUCAAGAACUUCAGGUUGACUGAUGCUGCCCCACAGAGUGGGCAGGGGCCCAAGAACUAACAGCUGGCUCACCAAAGCAGCCCCUUGGUAGGAGCUAACUCUGCUGCUGAAUUUUUUGGAGGAUGCAGAUAGUUUGUGGCUGAGAUGGUGUUUGCUGGCAAAACACACGUAGAGCCCAGAGGGCCAGUCCUCUAGUGGAACAGAUGCUGAGGAGGGUCAAAAGCAGGACAAGGAUGGCCUUGUUGCAUACUGGAAGGUGGGGGGCUGGAUCUUGGGGUGCCAGGCAAAGCUCUGUGACCUACUAAUAAAGGCAAAGCAGUG